AUGUGCACGACCACAGGGACGGUGGUGACUGCGGCAGCGGCAGCGUUGAAUCCGAACCCGAUCUUGUCCCCAGCGGGGGUGGGGAGGACGAACCUCUCGGGGACGCCGAGUUCGUGGGGAGCAGCAUGUUGGACCGUGGAGCACGCGAGGGAGGAGUUGAUGCGGAUCUUGAAGCGCCUCGUCGACCAUGGCUGCGCGUCUUUGGAAUCGCGACGCGAUGACGCGAUGAAGAAGAAGCGCUCGGGAGUCGGGUCCUACAGCGGCAGCGGCGGUAUCACGGAUAAAGUGUUGGGGAUCUUGUUUCGGGUUCAACAAGCGAGGGAGGAAGUUAUAGAGAAGAGCUGGAGAGGCGACAUUCCGGCGCUGGGACCCGCAUGUUUGUUACCACUGGUUGAUGAUUUCAUAAGACAAAAUACUACUUGCCAUAUGGCGCUGGUCUUUCCCCAAUCAGCUCGCAUAUCAGUAUGUACUGAUGUUGAUGAAAAUGUGGAGAACAUUUUAAGAAUGAUAGGAGAGGAGAACGAACAGACUGAGAAUGAACAAGAUGAUUCUGGAAAUCCCGUCAAGAAAUCAAAGCUAUCUUCCCUUGUGAAGGGCUUCCAUGAGGACUAUCAAUACCUUCACAAGCACUACAAACAGCUAAUUAGCAAGCUAGAAACUGUUGGCCACAGUUCCUCAGGUUCAGAUUCAUCUGAUUCAGACGUGGAAGGCGACAGAUCAGACAAUAAUGUAACUACACCAAAAGUAGUGUUGAAUGAAGAAAAUGGCCUGAACCGUAAGCUUGAUGAGCAUCAUAGCAUGGAAGCAGAAAAUGAGAAGCUAAAACAAAGUACAGAAGAACAAGCCAAGGAAAUAUCUGAUCUGAAGCAGCUACUAGAAAAAGCAAUCAAGGAUAAAGAAGCUACAAGAGGAGAGUUAAGUUUAGAGGUUGCAAAUUUGUCAUCUGAGAAUGAGAAUCUGAAAUCAUUAGUUGAAACUGCAAAGAGGGAGGAAGGAGACUUGCUUAACAUCAUAAAAUCUAAGGAGAAUGAGGUCAAAACAUUGUCUAGUGAGAUGCAAACUAUUGAAGAAGAGAGAGAUAACCUGAAGAUGUCAAUUGUAGACAUGAAGAAGGAGAUGGAAGAUCUGAAGAAACAGCUGAAAGAUACAGUGGAUAAAUGCAGCGUCAUGGCAUCAGAGCUAGAGAAGUCCCUGAAGGCUGAGAAAGAGGUGCAGAUCUUGUUUGAAGAAAACCAGAACGUGAAGAACCAUAACCUGAUGCUGUCGGUGGAGCAUGAUAACCUGAAAAGACUUCAUCAUAACUUAGAUAAUGAGUGCUCUCAACUGAAGGCAACCAUUGCGGAAGCCAAAGCUGAAAAUGAAUCAUUGACCACAGAAAAUCAUUCAGCUGAAAGAGAACUCGAGCAACUGAGGGUGGAAAUAGAUGGCCUGAAGGCUGAGACCACAGAGAUAACGAACAAUCUGGACAAGGAACGUAGUACUGCAGCAGAAGAAAAAGAAAGGCUAACAUCAGAAAAUUCUAUGUACUUGAGUGAGUUAAAGGAGGCACAGUCUAAUGUUAAGGAUCUAGAAAAGGAACUGGAGUCAACAAAAAGUGUUCUCAAUAGUCAUAUUGCGGAGCUACGGAAGGAGAAGAAUUCUGCCACAUCAGAGAUAGAGCGGCUAGAGGCUUCUUUGAUGAAUCUUGAGAACGAUCUGUCACAGCAACUUGAUAGGAUUUCAGAUAUGCAGAAGACUAAUGAAAACCUGGAGCUGGCAAAUUCUAACCUGCAUAAUGAGAUUGUAGAAGUACAAGGACAAAAGAAUGAAGCUGUUGCUUCUAUAGUUAAUCUCCAGAGCAUGUUAGAACAGCAAGUACAAGAGAUUUCAAAUCUUCAGGAGGUCAACAAAGACCUCAAAGCAGCAAAGACCGAUCUGUAUAAUGAGGUUACGGUACUUCAACAGGAGAAAAAUGUAGCACUCGCUCAGUUACAAGAAUCUGAGGCUCAAAUCAAGAAUCUUCAGAUUGACUUGGAACAGCAGCGCAACCAAAUUUCAGUUAUCCAGCAAGCAAAUGAAGAAAUGCAGGAUAAAAAUUAUAGCUUGCACAAGCAACUGGAAGAAACUAGGACUAAUCUGCAAGUGGAGAUCAUUGCAUUACAAGGAGAGAAGGAAGAGGCCAUCAAUAGCUUACAGCAGUCAAAUGAUUCACUCAAGACCCUAGAAGUCCAGUUAGAGCAGCAAAGAGAACAAAUUUCUGUUCUGCAGCUUGCUCAUGAAGACUUGCAAAAUAGCAAUUCCAACCUAGAGAUGCAAUCGGAAGAGGCGAAGGUUAGUCACUAUGCUGAAAUUUUAGCAUUACAAGAUGAAAAGAACAAGAUUAUUUCAGAGUUACAGCAGUCCGAUGGUUGUAUCAAGAACCUUAGAAUUGAGUUGGAGCAAGGAAAAGAGCAAACCUCAAUCUUGCAUCAUGCUAAUGAAGAUAUGAAGAAUAACAUUUCUGUCUUGGAGAAGCAAUUGGAGGAGGUCAGGAGCAGUUUGCAUGCUGAAAUUGCAGAAGUACGUGCAGAGAAGGACACAGCUCUAUCCGAGUUACAGAUGUCUCAGAUUUCCGUCAGGAACUUAGAGAGUGUGCUAGAAAAGCAAAGUGAGAACAUUUUAACGCUAGAACAAGCUAAUGAUAAGUUACACAAUAAAAUAUCUACCUUGACAGAGCAAGCAGAACAAGCCAAGGCUGAGCUGCAUAAGGAGGUAGCGGCAAUACAAGAAGAGAAGGAUACAGCACUAUCACAACUAAGGCAGUCAGAGAUUUCAAUACAAGAUUUUGAGAAUGAGGUGACACGACUGAAACAGGAACUUUCCGUCCAGCUAGAAAACAAUUCCAUCUUGGACAAGCAGUUUGAAGAAGCCAGGAGCAAUCUGCAUGCUGAAAUUUCAGACCUACGUGCAGAGAGGGACACAUCUCUAUUGGAGUUACAGACGUCUCAGGCUUCUGUCAAGAAUCUUGAGAUUGUGGUUGAAAAGCAGACUGAGAACAUUUCAACUCUACAGCAAGCUAAUGAUGAGUUACAUAAGAACAUCUAUACUUUGACUGAGCAAUCACAACAAGCCAAGGCGGAGAUGCAGGAUGAGUUGAAGGCAAUACAAGAAGAGAAGGAUGCAGUGCUAACACAACUGAAGCAGUCAGAGACUUCAGUGCAAAAUAUUGAGAAUGAGGUGAUACGAUUGAAAGAGGAGCUUUCAGUCCAGCUAGAAAACACUUCCACUUUGGACAAGCAGUUGGAAGAGGCAAUGUUGAAAGUGUCUAACCUACAUGAUAAUCUUGAGAAGGCCCAGGCCGAAGCAGCUUGUCAACUUGAUGGCAUGAGUACAAAAACAAAAGAUCUGGGGAAAACAAUCAAUCUAUUGUCUUCUCAAAAGACUAAGUUGGAGAAGGAUCUGAAAAUUAUGAUUGAAGCGUGCACAGAAAAUAUGUCAUUUUUGGCAGGAUUUGAAGAUAGAGUUACACAAAAAAUUUCUCAUCAUGAGGCAGGACUGAAGAUUCUCCACCAGAGCCUUAGAGGGGCUGUUGGUAGCUGUCAGAGACUUCAGUAUGCAUAUGAUGAGGUGUCCACAAGGGCAUCACAUCUUGAGAUACUUAAGAGGAGUCAGAUGGAGCAGAUAGAUCAGCUAGAGCAGAAAAACACAGAAACUGUGGACAAACAUCGGCUUCUGGAAGAAGAGAAGUUGUCUGCAAAUAAGGAGAAUAUUAAGCUACAAAAGCAUGUCCAAGACCUUGAAGUUCAGCUCCAGCUAGCAAAGCAGAAGCUUAAAGUUACCGAGGCAGAAAGCAAAUGCAAAGAAGAGAGAUAUGCAGCGGCAGUGGAAGUGUUGCGGGCAGAGAUCCGUCAUCUUGAACAAUCAGUACAGCAGUUUUCAGGGAGAGUCAGCUUGCUGGAAGGAACUCUCCUGCAAGUUAAAGAACAUGCUGAAUCAGGGGUCUCUAAAUGGGCUGACAAACUGGAUGAGCUAGAAACAGUCUUCAAUCUGAAUUUUUUGCUCUUCAUUGACCGCUCAUCUGCAUGUAGUGACGAGCUUAAAGUCCUGAGGAAGAAGGUACAUGAUCAUCUUAAUGAACAGAAGAAACUUGCCAAUGUGAACAAUGAGCUGGCUAUUAGGUUGAAAGAGAAAGAAAUGGUGGUAUCAGAAAUGGUGAAGAGUGCGGCUGAGGCAGAGGCAAAGAUGCUCCAGCUCAAGAAGACAGUGGACGAGAAAGAAGACGAGCUAGCAGCUAGAGGGCAGCAGAAGAGAGAAGCCAUCAAGCAGCUGAGCGACACCAUUGUUUACCACAAGAACUAUAGCGAUGACCUGGUGCGCUACAUCCGCAGUCAGAGUCGCCCUCGCCUCCCGUUCUGCCUCUAA